CGGCAGGGUUUACGCUCUCUACAGUUCAGUCCACGUCCGACUUUCUUGCUCGACGCAUCUUCUGCUCUUACAGCAACACAUUUUCUUCUCCAAACUAGUCUGUCGUCACGAUGAUCGCUGGUCUCUCUAAAGCCAUCAACCUCUACCUUGCGCCCUUGCUGGCACUUACGUCCUUCAUCCUCAUUCUGUUCUCCUACCUUGCGCCUAUUAUCCUCUUCCCGACGGGGGUCUCGCUCUUGACGGUGUCGCCGUCCCUGCAGCUAACUGACGCCCAUUCGUCGCAAGGCGUGGACGGUCCUUCCGUAUUCCUGGGCGCGCUAGGCUCAUGUACGCGUCCGAACAACGGCGCGUCCGUCACCUGUACUGCGCCGACGGUGUCUCCGCAAUAUGACCUUUCUGUGCUUCCGAGCAAUGCCCCGGACUUGCUGUCUGCACCUACGGCAACGACCCCGGCCUUCAUUGCCGUAUCGCUGGUCUUUACUGCCAUCUUCUUCCUGAUCUUCACCAUGACCGCCUUCCGAGGGAAGAUGGGCAAGUUCGGGAACACCUUUGACAAGCCCGUGGUGCAGCGUGCAACUGCCUGGAUCGGCCUGCUCGGUUUCUUGAUUGGCAUUACCUCGUUCCUCGUCCUCCGGAUGUGGUUCGGCAAGGCCGUCGAGGACUUCAACCGGGACAUCUCAAAGGAGGGCGCGGAUGCGCCGCAGCUCAUCGCAGCGACCAGCAACGGAUUCAUCAUGGUCUGGGUGGCAUAUGCCUUCUACGCUGUGCCCGUCGUGUGCUCGCUCGCCAAGCUCCAUGUCGCAGCUGGCAAGGCGUGAGAUGAGACAUGUCCGUUAUGACUCGCAAUGCAGUUUCAAAUACCUGGACUUUCAGUCGAUGAGCUGCAGGCGCGGCUCUCGACUUGCUGUAUCAUACCAUUCCGGACAUUGUGCCUAGUUCUGCGAACCUGUAUCGGUAGAUGUAGCAUAUACCUCGUGUUAAUAGGACUGUGCUCCCC